AUGAGGCGAGCAUUUUCAGUUUUAGGGUUUGGGAAGAGCGAUAGUUGCAUUUUCGCAGCUGGGUUGUCGAGGAAUUUGCUGGCUAUGAUGCAGUCAGCAGGGCUGCCAUUGCAGCAACAGCAGGAGCAGCAUGAGGAGUCCAAGCCUGCUCGUGUUUCCUGCACGUCCAAGUUGGAUUCUCUCUGGUUCUGUUACUCUCCUGUGUACCAGAUGACGGAGUAUUAUCGGGAGGGUACGUUUGAUAAUUGUCGCAGAAAAUGGUCCGAACUAUUCGACUGCAUCUCUCUCAAAACUAAGCGGGCUGAUGAGAUCAAGGUUAUACUGGAAGAAAGAGGGAAACAAAAACCUCACAUUUGGAAAUUCCGAACCCCUGAAGAGGCGUCGCAGCGUUGGAAGGAAGAGUUCGGCCAUCUUCAAGACUAGAUCAUUGUUUUCCCGACUCUUUAUGUAUAUUUUAUUAUCACUCUUACACAGAUUAUCAUUGACGAAGGCAAGAAAAAGAGAGUGAUAGGAUUUUCAUUCUUUUUAAAACUGGUUAUUACUCAGACAAGAUUACAAUACUGCUAUCUUGCCCUUGUUGUAUUAAAUUUUGGUCCUAAUUGCAGGAAUAUCUUGUAUGAAAUGAGCUCACUCUCGGAGGUUUAUACUUAGUUUGACGCAGCAGUAGCUGUUUACGCAGUAGAGAUAGGCCUUUGCAGUAGAAUUUGCUAUCAUAUCUUGAAUGGAAAGUUUCGGUGAUGAAAUGAAAUGGAUACUGGCGUGGCAUGAGUAUCA